AUGACAUACCUCACCACGCAUUUGCCCUUCCCUUCCUCUUCGACAUCAUUACCUCCACCUCGUUCGCAGUUGAUCAUAUCCGAUACGCUAUCAUCUCCUGGUCACUUUGCAGUGUAUCAUGUGGUGUCUUCGGCGUUGGGCAAGGAGAAACGUAAGGUUAUAUGGGUGGAUUUCAGAGGUGAAGGGAGGAGUAGCUGGGAAGCCAUUUUGAAGAAGAUAGGUACACCACUACCACCUUCCACAAGACCUUCAUUCAUUCAUAUAUCACCCUCAUCGUUACCUUCAUCAAUCAAAAGACCAGAUAAGAAUACGCCGAGCUUAUUCGAGAUCAAUGAGAAACCAACUUUGAGAGAGACUUACGAUGGUAUAAUACCUCAUUUAACAGAUGGGAGUUUAUUGAUACUUGACGGAUUAAGCGAGCUGGAUUGGAUAGGAUUCAGUCCAUUGGAAAUAAGUAAAUUCGUUCGAGCCGUAUUUGCGAAAGUGAAAUUGUCGAAUUCGAUAUUGAUAUCGACAAUCCAUGCGGACCAUCUCCCACUUUCUUCGACGGCCAUACCUUCCAAAGAAGCUGGCCAGAGUGAACUGUUAGAUAGGUUGUUGCGAAUAGGGCAGGGUUGUUGGUGGAGAGUAUCCCAUCUGCCUUCAGGAAGGAGUGGGGAUGUCAUGGGAGAGAUUUCCUCGCACCCAUUAACGAAUCCUAUCGGUUUGAAAGAUUCCCAAAAGUUCCCUUACAUACCCAGGUCGAACCCCCUUCAGUAUCGAUUGGAGCCAAAUACAGUCAGAGUGUUCCCAAAAGGAACAGGAAGGGGUUUUUUGUAG